AUGGYAUCCAAAGCUGCAGUGCGACCGUUCGCCCAGCUCACAGGAGCCAAUGGCUUCAAGCACGUCGUGCAGCGCGGGUUCGCGACCGCGCAGAAGAGUCCCAACCCUUCACCCUUCCGCCCGCAUGCGAGGGUGCAGACCCCAUCGAGCACGCGAGAGUCCCUGUUACGCGCCAGCUUCCGCCGUGGAGUUGCAGACCAGUCUCGGCCUGUCGUCAAGAAGCGCUCUUGGAGUCUGCUGCGUUGGACGUGGCGAUUGACCUAUCUCUCCGUGCUGGGAACGCUGGGAUAUGUUGGAUAUGGCAUCUACAUCAACCGAAACCCCGUUGAUCAGGCCGAGCCCGAUCCAUCCAAGAAGACCUUGGUCGUGCUGGGUACUGGUUGGGGCUCCGUCUCUCUGCUGAAGAAGCUCGAUACCGAAAACUACAAUGUCAUUGUCAUCUCGCCCCGCAACUACUUCCUCUUCACGCCGCUCCUGCCAUCGUGCACCACCGGAACGAUCGAACACCGUAGCAUUAUGGAGCCGAUUCGCAACUUCCUCCGCCACAAGAAGACCGCCGUCAAGUACUACGAAGCCGAAGCGACCAAGAUCGACUACGAGAAGAGAGUGGUAUACAUUAGUGAUGACUCUGACGUCAAGGGAUCAACUUCCAUGAACGAGGUGCCAUUCGACAUGCUGGUUGUUGGUGUUGGCGCGGAGAACGCCACCUUUGGYAUUCCCGGUGUGCGGGAGCAUGGAUGCUUCUUGAAGGAAGUCGGUGAUGCACAGCAAAUCCGCAAGCGUAUCAUGGACUGCUGUGAAUCUGCCACUUUCAAGGAUCAAUCGCCCGAGGAGAUCAAGCGCCUGCUGCACAUGGUUGUUGUCGGUGGCGGUCCUACCGGUGUGGAAUUCGCUGGUGAACUGCAGGACUUCUUCGAGCAUGACCUUCGCAAGUGGAUUCCGGAAAUCAAGAAUAACUUUCAUGUUACCCUCGUCGAAGCUCUGCCGUCUGUCCUGCCAUCCUUCUCCAAGAGCCUCAUCGAUUACACCGAGCAAACCUUCAAAGAGGAGACCAUCGACAUUCGAACAAAGACCAUGGUCAAGAACGUCACGGAAAAGUACAUUGAAGCUGAAUACACGGAUGCGAGCGGCCAGAAAGUGACCGAGAAGAUUCCAUAUGGCCUGCUUGUUUGGGCUACUGGCAACGCCGUGAGACCAAUUGUCAAGGACCUCAUGGCUCAGAUUCCCGCUCAAAAGGACUCAAGACGUGGUCUCGCAGUCAACGAAUACCUGGUCGUGAAGGGAACCGAGAACAUCUGGGCUGUCGGUGACUGCGCCAUUGCCAACUACGCUCCCACCGCACAAGUCGCCAGUCAGGAAGGUGCUUUCCUCGCUCGCCUCUUCAAUCAAAUGGCCAAGACCGAGGAAAUCGAGGGUCAGCUCGCAACUCUAUCAGAUGAGCAAAGCUUAGCACCGAACAAGGAAGCCCGCGACCAAGUCUUCGAGAACAUCAAAGACUUGCAGAGAAGAUUACGUCGUGUUAAGCAAAUGGGUCCUUUUGAAUACUCUCACCAGGGUUCCAUGGCAUACAUUGGCAGCKAAAAGGCCGUGGCCGAUAUCUCCUGGUUGWCGGGAAACCUCGCCAGUGGUGGACAAUUGACAUAUCUCUUCUGGAGAUCGGCUUAUUUGAGCAUGUGCUUUAGCUCACGGAACCGUAUUCUAGUCUGCAUGGACUGGGCGAAAUCCUACCUUUUCGGCCGUGAUGUUUCUCGGGAGUAG